GUCAAGUCACCGUCAUACCUCGUGACGACACCUUUGUUGCGGUGCCAGGAGAAGAUAUGGAAAUAACGUGGACCAUCAGUGGCAUUCAACGCUCACAAUUAAGAGGUCGAGAGUGGGCGUUCCUUACAGGAAACAACUUACUUGCUGAAAUCAUUCGGGUUGGGGUUGUGAUAAUAUAUAAUAACAGCUUCUCUACUGCAAAGAUUGAAGUAAAAAGGCCUUCAACAUUAAUUUUGAAAAACUUUGAUGGACGUUUUAAUGGAACAUACAGAUUUACUGUUCGCACAACAAUAGACGCUAAUUUACAUGCAUCUAUUGUUGCAGUUUUUGUUGCAAGUAAGUGCUAUUUAACCUACUUUUCUUCCUCCCAACAAUUUUGUAAAAUUUGAGCACAUGCGUUAAGGGCCGCUUAGAGUGGGGGCGAGGGCAAAUUACCCGGGCCCCACCUUAAUAGGUCCCCGACUUGAGAGAGAGUAGGUUCAUUAAACUGGUCAGAGCAUUUUUGAAACCGAGGGCCCCUUGCAAUCUAGUUAAGGUCUAGUUGGGUGACUGAUUUGGGUCUAGCUUAAGAAUAAUGACGUCCCCUUAAGAAUAAUUUGCCCCGGGCCUCGCGAACUCUGUCGGAGUCCCUGCUUGCGUUAGACAUUAACUAAUAUUAUUUUAUUCUAAGCCAGUGGACAAUGUGUAAACGCCGCAAAUUUGCUCAUUGGAAUGGCAAAGGCAUAUUGUAACCGUCGCUUUUAUCACAAUUAGAGAUGUUGUAUGACUGGAUAUUAAUAAAACUUUGCAUGUGUUUAUUACAUUUCAGUAACGCCAACAGUUCCAGUUACAUCACAUUGCGUCAAAGUGAUUACUUUGCAUGCGAAUGUAAAGGACAAGGCGGCAACCCACUUGCGAACGUUACCUGGUACAAAGGAAGCGUACCGAUUGUCACAGGAAAGGAAAUAG